AUGGUAGCAUGCGCCCAGCACUUGAAGGCACCCCUCACAGACUUAGCCAAGGCACAGACGGACGCUGCCAACAAGUGGAAGGACAACUCCGUCGAGGCGGCAAACAAAUGGAAGACCACCGCCCAAGCACUCGCGAAAUCUUCAGCACAGAAAAGCACUCCGCAGGUGUCAGACGCCAAGCUGACCGCGGCAGCCAAAGCCGGCGUCAUGGCCAACAACGAGGCACUGAUGACCCUGGUGAAGACCGAGGUCGCAAGUCAAGUACUGCAGCUGAAGACGGGCCUGGAGGCACGGUUGACUGAGAUGGAGAGCAGCGCGAAAGCCGACCAAGAGACGCGUUUUGGGUCGCUGUUCACCAGCAUCCAAAGCGGCUUGACGAACGCAUGCGAGUACAUCACCGGGGUCGUGAAGGAGAACGGCCGCCAGCUCGACGAGAGUAUUUCGGGCAACAAGAGAGGCCCCCCAUCCAAGACUCCAUCGCCGAAAAGGCGCAGUCCGCGUGAGCACGAGACUACGCGGAGGAGUGACGAACGUGAAGAGGCGACGACGCAUGGGGCUCUGGCGACGGUGGAUGGUAACACGUUAAUGAAGAUAGCCGCUGAAAUGGGCACCGCUUUGUCGCAGGGCAACGCCAAUCAAGCACGUGUUUCCGACCAGGCCCACAACAACGCCAUGGCUCAAGGCACCCAGUCAAUGGGGGGGUUCGUGUCGGUGCCACACAACAUGAUGCAGACCCGGGGGGCUGGUGCUUCCACGAUGGGGAUGAUGCAGAACCAGGGGGCGGGUGCGUCCUCGAUGAGGAUGAUGCCGACCCAGGGGGCGGGGGCGUCGUCGAUGGGGAUGAUGCCGACCCAGGGGGCAGGGGGGUCGUCGAUGGGGAUGGGUGCACCCACACAGCGGAUGGGUACACCCUCCCAAGGUGCCACCAACCAGAGUGGCUAUAUGCAGCUUUUCGGGCAACAGAACAACGACCUCAAUCAGGGCAAUGGCUAUCCUCCCUUCCGAUUUAACUAG